AUGGUGAAGGACAGAGAAACCGUCAUUAACGAGUUCAACGAUCUCGUCAACAUGACCGCGGAUGAGCUUCAAGACUGGCUUCAAGGGGAGCCAUCACAGUCAGCAGGCUGGACAGGCGGCUUUGGUGAGACUGUUGGUCAUGAGAGCGGUCGGCGGAUCGUGGAGAUUCUCGAGCAUAAUCCCACGAAGGAGCCGUCUGGGUACCGAAAUCAGGAUAUCGACCACAUGCGUCGCGUAGUGUCCUACUGCAACCGCCAUCUAGCGCAGGAGGAGCGAGCAAAGCAGGACACGGAGAGCAGGAGUUACCGAUCACUUAAAAAUUGGGGCCACGAUGCGCUGAAAGAGUGA